GAGCGGCGGGGGGCGGCGGGGGGAGCCGGCCGCGCAGGGCGGCGGAGCGCCGGGAGCCCCGGACAUGUCCAGGCGGAAGCAGGCGAAGCCGCGCUCGGUGAAAGUCGAAGAGGGGGAGGCCUCAGACUUCUCGCUGGCCUGGGACUCCUCGGUGACAGCCUCAGGAGGCCUAGAAGGAGAACCAGAGUGUGACCAGAAAACCAGCCGGGCGCUGGAGGACAGGAACAGCGUGACAAGUCAAGAGGAGAGAAAUGAGGACGAUGAAGACAUGGAGGAUGAGUCAAUUUACACCUGCGAUCAGUGUCAGCAGGACUUCGAGUCGCUGGCGGACCUGACGGACCACCGGGCCCACCGCUGUCCUGGAGAUGGCGACGACGACCCACAACUCUCCUGGGUGGCCUCGUCUCCCUCCAGCAAGGAUGUUGCGUCACCCACGCAGAUGAUCGGGGAUGGGUGUGACCUGGGCCUGGGUGAGGAGGAAGGUGGCACAGGCCUGCCGUACCCUUGCCAGUUCUGCGACAAGUCCUUCAUCCGCCUGAGCUACCUGAAGAGGCACGAGCAGAUCCACAGCGACAAGCUGCCGUUCAAGUGCACCUACUGCAGCCGCCUCUUCAAGCACAAGCGCAGCCGCGACCGCCACAUCAAGCUGCACACGGGCGACAAGAAGUACCACUGCCACGAGUGCGAGGCGGCCUUCUCCCGCAGCGACCACCUCAAGAUCCACCUGAAGACGCACAGCUCCAGCAAGCCCUUCAAGUGCUCCGUGUGCAAGCGCGGCUUCUCGUCCACCAGCUCGCUGCAGAGCCACAUGCAGGCGCACAAGAAGAACAAGGAGCAUCUGGCCAAGUCCGAGAAGGAGGCCAAGAAGGACGACUUCAUGUGUGACUACUGCGAGGACACCUUCAGCCAGACGGAGGAGCUGGAGAGGCACGUGCUCAGCCGGCACCCGCAGCUGUCCGAGAAGGCCGACCUGCAGUGCAUCCACUGCCCGGAGGUCUUCGUUGACGAGAACACGCUGCUCGCCCACAUCCACCAAGCGCACGCCAACCAGAAGCACAAGUGCCCCAUGUGCCCCGAGCAGUUCUCCUCUGUGGAGGGUGUCUACUGCCACCUGGACAGCCACCGGCAGCCCGACUCCAGCAACCACAGCGUCAGCCCCGACCCCGUGCUGGGCAGCGUGGCCUCCAUGAGCAGCGCCACGCCGGACUCCAGUGCCUCGGUGGAGCGCGGCUCCACCCCAGAUUCCACCUUGAAGCCGCUGCGGGGCCAGAAGAAGAUGCGGGAGGACGGGCAGGGCUGGCCCAAGGUGGUCUAUAGCUGCCCCUACUGCACCAAGCGGGACUUUAACAGCCUGGCCGUGCUGGAGAUCCACCUGAAGACCAUCCACGUGGACAAGCCGCAGCAGAGCCACACGUGUCAGAUCUGCCUGGACUCCAUGCCCACCCUGUACAACCUCAACGAACACGUGCGCAAGCUGCACAAGAACCACGCCUACCCCGUGAUGCCGUUCGGUGGCAUCUCCGCCUUCCACUGCAACUACUGCCCGGAGAUGUUCGCCGACAUCAACAGCCUGCAGGAACACAUCCGCGUCUCCCACUGCGGCCCCAACGCCAACCCGCCUGACGGCAGCAACGCCUUCUUCUGCAACCAGUGCUCCAUGGGCUUCCUGACCGAGUCCUCCCUCACCGAGCACAUCCAGCAGGCCCACUGCAGCGUGGGCGGCGCCAAGCUCGAGUCCCCCGUGGCACGGCCCACGCAGUCCUUCAUGGAGGUCUAUUCCUGCCCCUACUGCACCAACUCGCCCAUCUUCGGCUCCAUCCUCAAGCUCACCAAGCACAUCAAGGAGAACCAUAAGAACAUCCCGCUGGCCCACAGCAAGAAGUCCAAGGCGGAGCAGAGCCCGGUCUCCUCCGACGUGGAGGUGUCUUCCCCAAAGCGGCAGCGGCUCUCGGUGAGCGCCGACUCCAUCUCCAAUGGCGAGUAUCCCUGCAAUCAGUGCGACCUCAAGUUCUCCAACUUCGAGAGCUUCCAGACCCACCUGAAGCUGCACCUGGAGCUCCUGCUGCGGAAGCAGGCCUGCCCUCAGUGCAAAGAGGACUUCGACUCCCAGGAGUCCCUGCUGCAGCACCUGACGGUGCACUACAUGACCACGUCGACCCACUACGUGUGCGAGAGCUGCGACAAGCAGUUCUCCUCAGUGGACGACCUGCAGAAGCACCUGCUGGACAUGCACACCUUCGUGCUCUACCACUGCACCCUGUGUCAGGAGGUCUUCGACUCCAAGGUGUCCAUCCAGGUGCACCUGGCGGUGAAGCACAGCAACGAGAAGAAGAUGUACCGCUGCACGGCCUGCAACUGGGACUUCCGCAAGGAGGCAGACCUGCAGGUGCACGUUAAGCACAGCCACCUGGGCAACCCGGCCAAGGCGCACAAGUGCAUCUUCUGCGGGGAGACCUUCAGCACGGAGGUGGAGCUGCAGUGCCAUAUCACUACGCACAGCAAGAAGUACAACUGCAAGUUCUGCAGCAAGGCCUUCCACGCCAUCAUCCUGCUGGAGAGGCACCUGCGGGAGAAGCACUGCGUGUUUGACGCCGCCACCGAGAACGGUACGGCCAACGGGGUGCCCCCCGCUGCCGCCAAGAAGGCCGAGCCUGCGGACCUGCAGGGCAUGCUGCUCAAGAACCCUGAGGCGCCCAACAGCCACGAGGCCAGUGAGGACGACGUGGACGCGUCGGAGCCCAUGUACGGCUGCGACAUCUGCGGGGCAGCCUACACCAUGGAGGUGCUCCUGCAGAACCACCGGCUGCGGGACCACAACAUCCGGCCGGGCGAGGACGAUGGCUCGCGCAAGAAGGCCGAGUUCAUCAAGGGCAGCCACAAGUGCAACGUGUGCUCGCGGACUUUCUUCUCGGAGAACGGGCUCCGGGAGCACCUGCAGACGCACCGGGGCCCCGCCAAGCACUACAUGUGCCCCAUCUGCGGCGAGCGCUUCCCCUCGCUGCUGACGCUCACCGAGCACAAGGUGACCCACAGCAAGAGCCUGGACACGGGCACCUGUCGCAUCUGCAAGAUGCCCCUGCAGAGCGAGGAGGAGUUCAUCGAGCACUGCCAGAUGCACCCUGACCUGCGCAACUCGCUCACGGGCUUCCGCUGCGUGGUCUGCAUGCAGACGGUCACCUCCACGCUCGAGCUGAAGAUCCAUGGCACCUUCCACAUGCAGAAGCUGGCGGGCAGUUCGGCCGCGUCCUCCCCCAACGGCCAGGGGCUGCAGAAGCUCUACAAGUGCGCCCUGUGCCUCAAGGAGUUCCGCAGCAAGCAGGACCUGGUGAAGCUCGACGUCAACGGGCUCCCCUAUGGCCUCUGCGCCGGCUGCAUGGCCCGCAGCGCCAACGGACAGGUGGGCGGCCUGGCCCCGCCCGAGCCCGCCGACCGGCCCUGCGCCGGCCUCCGCUGCCCCGAGUGUGGCGUCAAGUUUGAGAGUGCCGAGGACCUGGAGAGCCACGUGCAGGUGGACCACCGCGACCUCACACCAGAGACCAGUGGGCCCCGGAAAGGCACCCAGACGUCACCAGUGCCCCGGAAAAAGACGUACCAGUGCAUCAAGUGCCAGAUGACCUUCGAGAAUGAGAGAGAGAUCCAAAUCCACGUUGCCAACCACAUGAUCGAGGAAGGCAUCAACCACGAGUGUAAGCUGUGCAACCAGAUGUUUGACUCCCCGGCCAAGCUGCUCUGCCACCUCAUCGAGCACAGCUUCGAGGGCAUGGGCGGCACCUUCAAAUGCCCCGUGUGCUUCACAGUCUUCGUCCAGGCCAACAAGCUGCAGCAGCACAUCUUCGCGGUGCACGGGCAGGAGGACAAGAUCUACGACUGCGCGCAGUGCCCGCAGAAGUUCUUCUUCCAGACGGAGCUGCAGAAUCACACGAUGAGCCAGCACGCACAGUGAGGGACCGCUCGACAGGACACCUCUCCGCAGAAGGCUUGCCGGAGACGCCGUGCGGAGGGCCAUUUGAACAUUACAUCCAAUCAAAGUGUCAUUUGCAACCCAGAUGUAAAACUCUAAUGAUUUGGCCAUGAGGCG